UCAGCUCAUUACUUCUGACGUAAGGUGAUAUUCAUCUGUUCACGUCGGCUUAUAUCAAGGCUUUAACUAUUUUGUUUGGUAAAAGGUCCCAGAGAAAAACGUCAUUAUUAGUUAAUUUAAGCUAAAAACUUUUAAGCAUUUUCGUGGUGGUUUGUUAUUGUCAACUUUAUAUGAUCUAACGAAGACGAUGCUCUCCUCCGUGGUGCUAUUAUUGAUUGUGUCGGCAUGGCGUCUCAUCUCAUCUCGAGCCCAGUCGAUUCUGUGCCCGUCUCCUUACCUUAUAGCACCUUGCAGCUGUGAAAAGUCGAUUCUUUUCACUGUUGUCAGUUGUACUGGUCUAUCGGACAUUUCCGAUGUCCAGAAAUCACUGGGGAACCAUUUUUCUCAACCGAUUCCACGGUUGUACAUAACAAACUGUAAUAUCUCAGAGUUUUCUUCAGCAUCAUUUACCAAUGUGUCUGUAAUUCGAUUAACGUUGAGUAAUAGCAAUAUUCGGUUAUUAUCUGACGACGUCUUUGAUGGUUUGGAGAAUCUCGGAUUUUUGACAAUAGAGGACAAUCCGCUAAAAAGAAUUCCCACCGAGGCUUUAACCAAGCUUUCAAACCUGUCAACUUUAAGCCUUGCAUACGAUCAGAUCACCAACGUGAAGUCAGGAUCUUUAAGUGGCUUUAAACGUCUUCGAUACCUUACAUUAACAGGAAAUCAUAUAUCUAAAAUCGAAAAGGGUUCUUUUCCAGAGAGCCUCAACAUGCUAUCUCUAUCUUAUAAUCAGCUAAUGACUCUGAACGGUUCACUUCAGAAUUUAACCAAUCUUCGAUGGCUUUUAUUGUGCAACAACGGUCUUAUAAGCUUGGACGGAGAACUUGACAAUCUCGAGAGUCUAAAAGGCCUCGACAUCUCUAGAAAUUUAAUUUCGAAAUUGGGACAGAGUUUGUCUAAACUUUCAGAGUUGCGCCGCCUCAAUCUGGCGUUUAAUAACAUCCAUAACUUAGGAACUUCACUGAAAUCCCUGAAAAACCUGGAGUACAUUGACUUAUCUUUCAACUACCUUGCACAAUUCGAUGGUCACGAAUUUUCCACGUUAACAAAAGCUAAACGGUUGGAUUUGUCAGGAAACAGGUUGAUGUCUUUAGGUUCGUCACUGAGUCACAUGGAACACUUAACAUAUCUCAACCUGUCAAUGAAUCACUUGCACACGAUGAAACAUUCCGAAGUAAUGUGGCUGAAAAAUCUGAAGGAGCUUGACUUGUCCCACAACGUGCUGAACACCUUCAAUUUGACCGAACACGAUCUGGCCAACGUUAAACUUCUAAAGUUGCGCGACAACCACUUGAUUUGUUACCCAGAAGUUUUAAAACGUGUGUCAAACUUGAUUGAAUUGGAUCUUGCGUUUAACUUUUUGACUUCUCUUUCAGAACACGAGUUCGACGGGAACCAACAACUUCACAAAGUUAGGUUGGAGGGCAAUCCCUGGAUUUGUGAUACCCAUCUGCUUCAUUUGCUGAGCAUGCUAAAAACCCGCCUAGUUGAAGUCAGUGGAAAACCACAUUGUCUUCAGGGAAAAGCAGAAUAAAACUCGAAAUACGAUAAUAAUUCAUCUAGUCCAUAGCUCCAAGACCCUGACCAGUAUUAUAAAGUAAUACCUUUACAACUUGGUUGUAAUAACUCAUUCUACGAAUUGCUUAGGUUCUAACAGGCUAAAUAGAACGUUCCUUAGAUUUGUACACGAUCUAUUUCGUGGUUUGUAAUGGAAAGUACAAUUCUCUCUCUGUCACUUACAACCAUGUCUCGUAGUAACUAAUGCAAUACUUAAAAUAUUUAUGUUUUUUUUUAUGUUGUAUAUAAUUUAAUCAAUUUUAGGUUAAUGGUUGUAGUGAUUAUCUUAAUAUGCCAUAAAUAAGUGGUUCCCAAACUGAGGGCCACAGGAAAAUAUUGGGGGGAGGGGCGUAGCAUAUACACAAAAUAUACAAUACUUUUAAAGUUCUCAGUAUUUAUAUUUUAGUGUGCCCUAGAUCAGGGGUUCUCAGACUAGGGGCCGCAGAAAAGGUUGUUUUGUCUUUUUUUGGGGGGGGGGCAUUACAAAUGCACAAUUCUGUUAAGGUACUCAGUAUGUAUAAAUUAAUUGGGUAAAGGGCCUCAGUCAGUAUGCGGAAUGUUCUGGGCGUAGGGGCUUUGUGCUGAGAAAGCUUGGGAACUACUAAUUAGAUGUUAAAAGUUGUUGCUCUGUUUGUUUUUUGUUUGUUUGUUUUUGCGAAUAAAAACCUUAACUAAGUUGAAAUUGACACUAACCUGUCUAAGGUAAACAAACUUGAUAAUGGCACAAAGACUGAUUUAUUUCUUGUUUAAAGCAAGAGAGAUUUUUAUACCGUAUUUCCCGAUGUAUAUGACGAUCUCAAGUAUAAGACGACCCUGGAAUUUUUUUAGGAAGUUAAGCGUAUUUCUUUGAGGUUCGGUAUAUAGAGUGACCUCUAUUGUCAAGCAAGUCUAGGGUGUUAAUUUUGUAAAGAAAUUCUUAGAAGUUAUUUCUAAACUUUUCUAACCUGCGCUUUAGGUAAUCAGUACAACCACGAGUGUGUUUUUUUAUGCUCUUCAAACGCCACAGACAGCUAAAUGAGACGUAACUUAAGUCACAAACGUGUAACAAAUAACUUUACAAAGUUUUCAUCACAGUUGAACUCCUUUUCUGCUACAAAAAAUACCAAAACUUAAGAUAUAGUGAUCUAAUAUAAAAACAUGUUUACAAAAUUAGUGUACGUUAAAGAAGCUUUUUUGAUAUAAUAUUGGCAAUAUUUUGGUAUGACGGAUUUCAAGUCAAAAAAUGUCUUGAUUAAUUGUAACUAGCAUGUUAGAUAAAUAACUUCUAGUUAUGAAGAAUCUAGACACUUGAUACAAUUACUGAUAUGUUAUUGUAACACAGUAGGUGGCACGAUGUCAACACAUUUAUUCAAAAAACCCAAACAAUAGUUAAAAUAACGACAUAGCUUUAAUUAAAUACGUUAUUAACUGGACAUUUCUUACUAGAACUUUAUCUUUGAACCUGUGUAUAAGACGAGGGGUAAAAUCGGGCACUGUUUUAAGAAUAAAAAUUAUCGUGUUAUACACAGGCAAGUACGAUAUUUAACUUUUUAGUAAUGUGUAUGUGAGAAAGAUUACAUAAAACUUUAUACUGACAACCUAUAUUAUUUAUAGAUUAGAUACAUAUACAUAUAUAGAUAUAUACAUCAUGUAUAGUUUUGUUUGCUUGCUUUUAAGCAUAAAAUUAUACAAUAAGCUAUUUGCGCUGUGCCCAUAGCGUGUAUCAAACCCCCAAUUUUUAGCAACAUAAAACCUCAAGCUUACUGAUGAGCUACGGGAAAAAAACCCAGUAAAAAUCAAAUAUUUAAGCUUAAGUAAACAUGCAUUCUUUUGUUUUCAGUUUUAUUGUAUGGAUGUAUUAGCCAAUUUCCCUGGUUACUAAGCCUAAAUUGUCAUAUUUUUAGUUAUAUAUAUAGCAAGGCUUUUUUAGGAUUUGAUGAAACUUUAACGACGUAAUAUUUCAGGGUUCUGGAUUUAAAAUAAUUAGUGAUAUUUGUCUUAGUGGUCGUACAGCUUCUCACAUUUUGGGUCAAACUUGACCAUUUUUGGAACAACAAAAAAUCCUUUUAUGCGAAUAUAUAUAUAUAUAAUAUUACCAAUACCAAUUAUUACUAAAAUGAAAACGGUCGAAGUCUUCACGUAUCAUUUGAUUCGGUUUAUUUUUGUUAAUAAAGUUUGGAGUUUCUAACCAGUAUCCUGGCAAAAUACAUUGGUCAAAACAUUAAUCACGUGAUAAACUCCGGAUUUGAUCACGUGAUUACCUCUUCUCACCAAAACUGGAUUCAUACACGAAAUGCACAAGUCUUCCUUAGAACACAGUUGGGGGAAAAAAAUUAACACAAAUUUUUCAGAUAGGAAUAUCUUGCUCAAAUGGUUAAAACGUUAUUUGUAAUCAGAAUAGGCGCAAGUCUAUACUAUAAAUCUCUGUCGUGAACUGAAUAGUCGACGUGUUUAGGAAAGUGGAAAAAAAAUAUUGUAUCCAAAGUAACCUUCACGUAUAUAAUUAAAUAUACUUAAUAAUUAAUACUUUUUUGUGUUUUAUUGUUUUAAAAGUUUGAAGCAGUUUAGACACCGAAUGCUCACUUUAAUUGUAAGCUUGAAUUUUUUCAUGUAAACUGGGUAACAUUUUUAAACCAGUAUUAUAAUGACAUAAAUCAAGCUGGUAGGUACUCGUUAAAACAAUGGAUAAAGUUAUCAAUGACAGCAUUGUAGCAGAUAUAUGGUAACGAUAUGAGUAACUAAGGCGAUCGCAGCGGUUUGUUAACUUUAGCCAUAUACUAGGUAAGUUUUUAAAUAGGUUAAGUGUAUACGUGGUAAGGCUUAUAGUGACUGAGGCGACAACAACAACGGUUUAGUUAACUUUUCGGCCAAAUACAAGUUUUUGUGGAGGAUCUAUCUUUUUUUUCGCAUGCUUUCCCCAGUUUUUAAUAUAUAAGAUUAUAGAAUAUUAGCAAUCAUGCCAUUAUUAUUAUUAUUCUUUUAGCUUUACUAAAAUAUCAAAAGUAUUAUUGAAUGGUUACAUUUAGCUUUAUAGUAUUAUAUAUAUAACAUGUUGUUUUACUUAGUUUCUUAACUUACAUAAAGCCAUAUAGCGUGAAGAAUGGACGCUAUAUAAACAGAAUUCUGUUUUACAUAUACACGUUUUAACUCGUACUUGUUGCAUGUUGGUCGAGGAUAAUGUUGCUUUGUUGUCAGAUAUCGUGGAUUGAGUGUACCCUCGUACAAACGGGUUGAUAAUCUAAGUACGAAUAUUGCUUUGUUGUCGGAUAUGGUGGAUUGAGUGUACCCUCGUACAAACGGGUUGAU